UUUAAUUUCUGCGGCGUGGUAACAUUUUUUGCACAUGCGUGCGCGUUAUGUGUAAAACACAUGGAAAAGUAAGUGGCAAGUGCGACGAAAAUCGUUAUUCGAAAUGAUUCGAGAACAGAAGCAAGUGGAAAGGCGGGUGAAAUCUUUUUUUUACGAGCAAGCUUAGUAAAAACAGAGUGACCGCAAGAAAAUGGGAAACGAGGAGAUAAUACAGUUGCGUGAGCUGAAAGAAGAACUCUUGAGAAAAGUAAUUCGUUUGAGAGAUAAAAUGAAGGAUCAAGAGGAAAACGGACGUCGAGAGUCAAUUAAUUUCGACAGCACGCUGCCUUCCGACGAUCAAGAUGAAAAACUGUCGAACGUGUCCCUAUCCAGCAGGUACAAAGCUAAAUUGUGUGAGAUUACGGGUCAAGUGACGGGAAUAACAUUCAAGAAUGUCGAUAGAAAAUGGUUACGUGAUGAUACUUAUAUGUAUAUGGCUAAAGUGAUAACGAAAACACGUUCCUUUAAUGUUGAAUUAACAGUGACUUUUAAGGAUCAACAUGAAUUUAAAAUUGAGGACAUAAUGUGCCACUUUAUAAACGUCCACGAUUGUCAUAUGCUGGAAAUAUCUCCUUGGUUUCGGAAAAUUACUAAUAUGAAAAACUUUUCUCUCCUUAUGUCCGCACUUUCCGAUUACAAUGAAAACGAUAUCCUCAGAUCUAAGAUUCUACGAAAUUUAGAAUUAAAGAAAUAUUCGAGCGUCGAGCAAUGCACUCAGGAAGAUGGAGGUAUACUAGUGCAUAUGCAUUCACCUGUAAAUACAGACAAGAAUUAUGUGAUAUGUCAGUGGACAAUGAAAUUUUUGGACCUGACGUGGCGGAUUGAGCAUUUUUUCACAAUGAAAUCUACAGAUAUAGGUAUGGAAUUUUCCGAAGAAAAUUGUUCUUUAUUAAAAGAAUUUUGCAAGAUUGGCUUAACGAAAAACAAUCUUGUGGAACUAUGGGAAAGGCUGUGCAUCGCUAUUGAUGCUUAUCAUGCUAGAGGAAAUAUCUGACAAAACUGAUCAUUUAUCUUGAAUCAUGAAACUAUAUUAACGAUUAUAUAAAUUUAUUUUAUUAUUAAUUUCCAUUAUUUAAAUAGGACAGUAUUCUGCUAUACAUUAUCACUUGACGAAUUUUGCUACGAGUUACGUCCGUCGCAUUUGUUUAUUCAAGUUUUUUUUAAUGCAAACACGUAUUGUGUGUGUGUAUGCAACGCAAAGAUUAAGAUGCAAACCGAGUUUUCUUCAGUGUAAACAUAAUAAAGAAAAUCCAUCAAUUAAAAAACUAA